UGCGUAAAUGAGCUGCUGCUACGGAUCGUGCAGAGUAGCUUUGCUUCUUUGUGGAGUCAUUGCAGAGAGGCUGAUAAUCUGGGAGUGUUUGCAGUGAGAAUGUCUUCAGUCCAGCUUCAAGGAGAGUUUAUCACCGAGCAGUUAACUCCUGCUGAAGAAACAUUCACGGAGUUUAAAGAGAAAGAGUUAAAAGAAGAGAAGAUGCUGGUGAAGAUUGUCAGUUAUCCAGAUCAGAGUCAGCAGGAGAAGAUGGACGAUCAGCACAGGAUCCCCCAGAUCAUCUCACACCAGAUAGACCGCCUGCAGGAUUAUGUUGGAAAAGAGGAGGAUUUCUCUGACCAGCAGCUCUAUGAGCAGGAGAAGAAUUCCAGUUUGGAUGAAGAGGAAGCAGAACCCGUGCGGAUAAAAGAAGAGCAAAUGGAGCCAGAAGAUCCCUGGACAAAAGAGGAAAUCAUUGAGGUCCCCAUUAGUGAGCAGCUUCUUCUGAAGCACGAGAAUGAAGAUACAGGAGAGGAAGCUUUCCCAUGUUUGACAUGUGGAGAAAGCUUUAAAAAAAAAGAACAUUUAAUGGUUCACAUAAGAACUCACACAGGUCAGGAGAUUCAUGAAUGUCCAUUCUGUGGAAAAAUGUUCAUUAAGAAAUCUAGACUUAUUAACCACAUGAGAAUGCACACAGGUGAGAAACCCGUUUCCUGUACCAUUUGUAACAAGAAUUUUACCAACAAGAGGAAUCUGACUAGACACGUGAGAAUUCACACUGGUGAGAAACCUUUUGAGUGUCUUUCCUGUGGGAAAAUGUUCAGAACGAAAUCUAAUCUUGAUGCCCACAUCAGAACUCACUCCGGUGAGAAGCCUUUUUCCUGUAACAUUUGUUUCAAGAAUUUCACUGACAAGAGUAAUUUGAUUUCUCACAUUAAAACUCACGCUGGUGAGAAACCUUUUUCCUGUAGCAUUUGUAACAAGAAUUUUACUGUAAAAAGUAGUUUGACUUCUCACAUGAUAAUUCACACUGGUUUGAAACCUUUUGAAUGUCUGUCCUGUGGAAAAGGCUUCCCUAAGAAAUCUGGGCUUAAAAAACACAUGAGAAUUCACACAGUUGAAAAGCCUUUUUCCUGCAAGGUUUGUGGCAAAGGUUUUACUUUAAAAAGGAAUUUGACCAGACACAUGAGAUUCCACACAGGUGAGAAGCUGUCUCCUGAAUGAUUGGUCAAAGGUUUUAAAUGAGAAGGUAAAUAGAGUAUUAAUGACGUAUUCAUGCAUGAUGUGGAAUGAUUUAUAUUUUAAAAAAAAAAUACUUGUUUGAACAUAAGU